AUGUCCGACGCGCGCGCGCGCGGCGACGGGCGAGGCCGGCGGAGGGAGGAUGAGGAUGAUUUCGAGGACGAGCACUCCGAGGACGAUCGAGAGGAGGCGGACGAGCGCGUCGAGGACGAUCGAGAGGACGAUGCGCGGGAUCCGAGGGAGUACGUGUCGCCGGCGAUGAUUUUGCGGCGCGUGCGCGAGCGCUUGGCGAUGGCGGAUGCGCGCGUGACGACGAAUGAAAGAGGAGAGUUUGAGGAGCGCGACGAGCGCGCGGACGUCGGGCCGAGCGCGAUCGUGCGAGAAAACAUGAGAGUGUUGGAUGCGGAAUUGCGGAGAAUAGUGAAUUCGUUGAAGACGUCGCCGCAGGAGGACGCGAAGCGGCAGACGCUGAUGAAUAAGUUCAAGUCGAUGAUCGGCUCUCGGUUUGAGGGCGUGCGCGUGGCGCCGUUCGGGUCAUACGUGAGCGCGUUUCACUCCGCGGGGAGCGAUAUCGACAUUUCGCUGCAGAUAGAUAAGGAUGGUCCGUGGUACGACGAGAAAGAGGAGGCGCAGGCUCGAAGAUCGCAGCGAGGGGGCGUUCGGGCGAGGAGACAGCAGCGACAGGGCCGAACCAAGCGGGCGCAGCUUCUACGCAAGGUCGCGUCCGAGCUGCGCUACAGAAACUACAGAGACGUGCAGCUCAUCUCGAAAGCUCGAGUACCGUUGAUCAAGUUUAAGGAUCCGCACACUGGCGUCGCGUGUGACGUGUGCAUCGAGAACGACGGCGUGUACAAGAGCGCGGUGUUGGGCGUCAUCGCGGACAUCGAUCAGAGGUAUCGAGACUUGGUCUUCUUGAUCAAGCUCUGGGCCAAGCACUACGAUGUCAACAACGCCCUGGAAGGUUCGUUCAACUCUUACUCGCUGUGCUUGCUCGUGAUGCACCACUUGCAGCGAAGACGAGUGCCCGUUUUGCCGCCGACUAUGCAGCUCACUCUGCCUCGGUGGGAGCUAGUGCAGUCGGAGGAGAAGGAGCUUGACGAGCACGUCUCGUGUGAAGACGAUGAAUUUGACACGUGGAAGGUUAGCAAGGCCAGAGUCGUGAGCGACGCCUCUCGGGACAUUGCGGCAGUCAAAUACAGGGCGGACAAGUUGUUCGUCGGAUUCGGAAAGCACAACACAGAAACAUUAGCUGAGCUCUUCGUGAGCUUUUUUGCGCAGCUGUGCGCUGUCAAGGGAUUUUUUAGAAAUGCCCUGAAUGCGUCGACUUAUCACGGUCGUUUCAUCGUGGGUAGCUCGUGGAAUGCGUUCAAGUAUCCGUUGGGUGUGGAGGAUCCUUUCGCAGCAGGGGAUAACGUCGCGAGAGCGGUACAGAUGCGCACACGAGAUUACGUUUUAGGCGCUUUUCCGGCGGCGUGCGCGGAAUUGCAUCGCAUACUCCACGCGUCAGACGAGACGCAAUUCAAGCAAUCGUUGCUCAAGCUGCUCGGAAAUGGGAUUCGGCCGGCGCUGGGUUUGCCGGCGCAGAGUGCGCAGAGGGUGCCCCCGACGCCGCCCGGUAUGCCAGCGGCGCCAGGUGUGGACGCGCAGCAACAACAGCAACUGCUGAUGAAUGCGAUGCAAGCUCUCAACAAGGGCCACGCGGGCGCGGAAGAACUCAUUGCGAUGUUGGCUCGUCAAGGAAUUCGCCCUGGUCCGCCGUUGGCGGCGGGCGAACCUCAACAGUUCGUCUCUGAGCAGAUUCUCAAGGGUCGACAGGAAGCUUUGUUGCGAGAAGCGGAAGAGCGUCACGCCGUGCGGCUCCCCGUGGCGAGUCUCUUUGGGCAGCAACCGCAAUCGCAACCGCAACUGCAGCAACCGCAACUGCAGCAGCAACAACUGCGGCCCGGACUAAAUCUACCGCCCGGUUUCGGCCCGAAAACAGCCACCGGCACAGGGGUCUCGAUGCAAAUGCCGUCGUUUGGCACGCCGAUGAGCGGCGCACCACCAACCUCAAGUGGUGGUCUCGGCGGUGGCUUGGGCGGCGGCGUGUUCUCAUCCAUCGCCUCCGGCGGCGGCGGUUUAUUCUUCAACGGCCCCACCAGAUCGCCCGUUCCGACGGGCGUGGACGAAAUUUCGCAGCACUUCGCCGCGGGCAUGUCCAUGAUGGGCGGCCUCGUCCACCCUCCGGCGCAAUCGCAGCCGCCGCCGCAACCGUCGCUCGAGUUUCCGCCGCCGAGAACCUCCGUCGCGCCUCCGGACGCGCGAGCUCAAAAUUCGCGCCCAGAGCUCCUUCGCACCACGAGCGGCGCCGCGAUCCCUAAACCGCGAACGUCCCGUUAG